UGUGACUGGGAGGCCGUACGUUGGCAAACACGGGAGAGGAGCUUCAUAUAUUGAUUGAUUGAUAUACAUAAGUUGAAAAUUAGAAGAAAAUAAAAGAAGUUUUCGAUUCCUUCCUUCCUCCACCAAGAGUGUUUCUUCUCAGGCGUAAAAACAAUGACAACUUCGAAGAGGCUUGCAGACAGGAAGAUUGAGAAGUUUGACAAGAACAUUACUAAAAGAGGUUUUGUUCCUGAGACCACCACCAAGAAGGGCAAGGAUUACCCUGUCGGUCCCAUCCUCCUCGGCUUCUUUGUCUUCGUCGUCAUCGGUUCUUCUCUCUUCCAGAUCAUCAGGACCGCAACAAGCAAAGGCAUGGCAUAAACGGAAUCACUGUUCAAGCUAGAAGAAUCCAUUUUGCAAUACGAGAAGGCUGCUCUCUUCUUCCGUCUUGUCUCUUUUCCCCUCCUUUAUACUAAUUGGAGAAUGCAUCAACUUUGUAUUUACAACAUGUUAAUGUUAUCAAGAAUAUUUUUCUUUUCAA